UGUACAUUGCUCGACGAUCAUCACAGAAUACAUUUAUUCAAGAUGCAGUUCAGUUUGGUGUUUAUGUUGGUAGCGCUGAUGUUUAUGAUUACAGACGGUUUCGAUUAUUCUGCAAGUGACUGUGAGAGUGUGUGUGUAUGCCGUGAGGACUGCAGCAAAGAGGGCCAUACAGAAAGACCAUGGUGCAAAAGAACUUGUCCAGGAAAUCUGGUGUGCUGUACAAAUGCACGAAACUGUCGCGAUAUUUGUGGUGGACAAUGCCAGGACAGUUGCACAGGGGAACAGACGAUAGAUCCAUGGUGCAAAACAAGCUGUGAGGGAGACCAAGUGUGCUGUGUAGAUUCAUAAAUCACGUCAACACCAUUGGACAAGCCUGGGAAAAAUCAACCACAACUUGUAAUAUGUCUUAGGUUGCAAAUAGUGCAGCUCUAGAAAUAAAAUAGAUAAAACACA